AGUUUAAGGAUCUUCCCCUUUUAUUUGCUCAACCUUAAUUACCUCACUUAAUAUAAUUUUUCUUCCAUUUUCUCGAAUUUUCCUUUCCGUUUUCCUCCAUUUUCUCGGUAUCCAAACAUGAGCUCAACCGCCGUUGGAGUCACUCCUUGUCUUCCUUCCUCCUCUUCCUUCAGUAAACGCCGUGCUUCGUUCAGAGUAAUCGGAAGUGAAAAGACGAGAUUAUUUUUUAAACCGCUUAAGAGUAAUCGUAGAUUUGUUGUUUCUUGCUCGAUGAAGAUCGGAGCUCCGGUGGGCCCUGCCGGCGAACAGUUUUCAGAGAAGGUUAGGCGUUUGGCAUCGGAAUUUGAGUCUUUAAUGGAGCCAAUUGACCGCGUGAAGCGGCUUUUGUAUUACGCGGCGGUUCUGCCUCCGUUUGACGAGUCGGCUCGGGUGCCGGAGAACAGGGUGACCGGGUGCACGACGCAGGUGUGGUUGGAUGCGCGGAUGGAUAAGAACGGGAAGGUGAGGUUUCGAGCUGACAGCGACUCGGAGAUCACGAAAGGGUUCUGCUCGUGCUUGAUAUGGAUGCUUGACGGAGCGGAUCCGGAGGAGGUGGUGCGGGUGACGGGUGAGGAUUUGGCGGGGAUGAACAUCGGGGUCCACGGGAAGGCACAGUCGAGGGUGAACACGUGGCAUAAUGUGUUGAUCGGUAUGCAGAAGAGGACCAUGGAUUUGGUGGCGGAGCGGGGAGACGGGCAGAGUCCGUUCCCGUCGCUGGUUGUGAGUGGCGCCGCUGAUAUUGUAUGUGUAUAACUGGUGUUGUUUGAAAGAAAUUAAAAUGUUUAGGACAGAAUUCCCUCAACAGAAUUUGUGGGCCACAAGUGUUCGUUGCAAUUCCUGAGUGAAUAGUAGAAAUUUUAGUAGAGGAUGCAAGGAAUAUCACAUCUUCAAAUUGGAGUUUUAAAACUAUUUAAAUUAAUUAUUUAGAUAUAAUAGGCAGGGUUAUUGUUCCUGAAUGAAUCGGAGAUCAGGGAAGGAACUCUGAAGCGCAACAGAAUUUGGGCUGCAAAAGCCGGAUUUCAAGUUUAAUUCUUGAUCAAGGUGGCUUUUUGGGAGGAUAUGAAUGUUUUCCCUCAAUCUGGAAAAGUUCUCUUCAAUUCAAGUCACCUGGUUGAAUUCAAUCAGAAGGCAUCUUUAAUGAAACUCUGUUAUUUCUGGAGACAUCAAGUUAGGAUUUGGGAAGGAUGCUCCACUCCACCCAUGGUGCCUGUCUCUGUGCUAUCCGUAUUUGAAGGUAAGCAACUUCACCAUGAAUGAGGGUUAAGGGUGAAGAGAAGACUAAAAUAUCAUUUCUUUU